GCCUCUGUGCUGGGAGCUGGAGUACCUGACUGGUGCAAGGACUGGUGGGGCUGCUGCCCCGUCUCUGGUGGCAGCAGAUACGUUGCUUUAGGACAAGAAAAAAGGCUGCCCCUUUUCUUCCAGACACUUUGGCUGCACAGGUAUCUAAUUACACAGGUCUUUUAUGAUUGCAAGUAUGUCUUGGCUCCUCACUGUUGAUCCCCAUAAAGCCCUGUGGUGUGGAGGAUGGUUGUUCUGGUGGGGUACCAUUGUGGUAGACGCAAUGGUUUAUGUGCUGACCUGUUUUAGCGCUUUUGGUGAACAAGGCAAGCUAAUGUCAUAUGCUUUCCACAGUAUCCCAGCGCUCCUGGGAGAGCGACAUCCAAGCUCUUGGUGAUGGUGGCUGAGGGAACCCAAGCUUUCCCAGCUGAGCCAAGUUGCAGGCUUCCUCUGCGUACCUAAACAUAGCCAUGUGGAGAAGAGAGAUGUUCCCACAAGCUGUUGUUUUUCUUCCUGCUGCCAUCUCCUCCUCCAGGCUGCACGACUCCCCUAACAACUGUCCUUGUGGUAAAUGCACUUGAAGCAACACAGAUAUACCGAUCUGGCCGAGGCUGCACCGGAUCUACAAGGAGACAAUGCUUCGCAUCACAGCAUGACAGCUAAGCUUUUCUGCAUUGACGUUGUGGAGCUCAGGGGUCACCUUUGUCUAACUUUUAUGGAUAACAAGACAGGAAUGACUCCUCGCAGACUCUACCGCACACUCAGCUUUGGGUUCACGGAGAAGGCUGUGAAGUCUGGCUCCAUGCGGCUGGGGAAGGAUGCCAUCAUCUUCACCAAGACAGGAAGGGUUCUCAGUGUAGGGCAGCUUUCCCAGACCUCCAUGGACUGUGUCCAUGGUGAGACAGUGAUUAUCCCACUGGUGUCAGUCAACCAGCAGAAUGAGAAAAUGACUGUUACUGAAGGCUCUGUGCCUAGCCUGGAGGCCAUCCUGGAGCAUACCGUCUUCAACACCAGGGAGGAGCUGCUGGCACAGUUCAGUGCCAUUCCAGGCAAAAAGGGCACACAUAUCCUCAUUGGGAACAUUCACAGAAAUAAAGAUGGGAAGCUGGAGCUGGAUUUUGAUACGGACGAGCAUAUUUGGAUAGCAGACUUCCUUGCAGAUGAUGGGGAGAUUCCCAGCACAAAGGUUCUGCACUCUCAGAAGAUGGUUCCAGAGUUUCCUGGCCCAGAAAUGGAGUGCUCAUUACAGGCAUACUGCAGUAUCUUGUACCUAAAGCCUUGCAUGCAGAUUGUCCUGCAACAGAAGAAGGUGAACACUCAGCUGAUCACCAAGAGCCUGGCCAAUGUUGAAUAUGAUUUUUACAAGCCAAGAUUCAUCAUAUCCUUCCUGCUACCUCUUGACACUCUGUUCCCACAGCAGCCUCAGCACACUGCGGGGUUCCAGACCAACCUCACAGCUGGGCUUAGGCCCAGCAAAAGGGUAAAGAUCAUCUUUGGAUUCACCUGCAAGAACAAAAGCCACUAGGGGAUCAUGAUGUACCACAACAACCGGCUCAUCAGAUCCUAUGAGAAGGUGGGCUGUCAAAGGAAGGGAGGUGGUAUAGGUGUGAUUGGUAUAAUUGAAUGCAACUUCCUGAAUCGAGCACACAACAAAGAGGAGUUUGAAGAAGGCAAAGAGUGCCAACAGACGAUCGCUGUGCUGGGACAGAAAAUCAACAGCUAUUGGAAAGUGAAGAUGUCUUUGCCAGCGUUAAAAGCCCGGGGGCUUUCCCUUGGCCAAGGUGAGGUGGCAGUGUACCACGAGGAGCAGAGGCUGCCGAGGGAUGACUGGACUCCUUCCUAUAGGGAAUUGAGAUUUGAACCUGUGGAAUUUGGCCUGGUGGUUACUGGGAGGGAUGCCACACCAUGGGCUGGGUGUCCCUGGGAGAGCAGAGACAUGUUGGCUGCCCCGGACCAUCCCAUGUCCUGUGCCAAAUGGGCUGGGAUUGAUUUGGGGUCAGGUGACAGCGCUUGUUCUGAACAGCCUUUUUUGUCUGGUGUUUACUCCACGCUUGAAAUACUCAGACUGAGCAUUGGUUUUUGCAGAGAGAGACCAGACCAGACAGGGGUACAAUGUGAAGAGUGUCUGAAGUGGAGGAAGCUCCCUGACCAGAUUGACUCUACAUUGUUACCAGAAAGCUGGUUUUGUCGUCUCUAUCCCCUUCCCAGAUACAGGGAGCUGGACGGAGAGAGGAAGAGGAGAUUGUUAUCGUCUGGGGAGAGUGUGGAACAGCAAUGCCAAGCUGUGUGGCAGAAGCAGAAAGCAAAGCUGGCGAGGUCUGCAGAGGAGAAGGCUGAACUGACAGAGAGUCUCAAGAAUACAGAGAUGCACUUAAGGGUGCUGAGGGAGGCACAGGUUUCCUGCAGAGGCCCAGAGAAAGAAGACCUGAAGAGGACACUGCUUCCCUGGUAUCCAUCACCCUGCUGUAUAGGUAACUGGGUUGUAAGUGAGGAUCCAGCUGUUGUGAGGAGGUGGAAUCACCAGAUGAAUCCAAAUAAUUGUGUUGGGUCUGUAAUGGAGAUCCGGGCUUUCACUACUGACUCUCCUCUUGGCUUUUGCCCUCUUGCCCACCGUGUUAUAGAGAAACUUAAGAACCUGCUUAUGAAUGUGAGCUGGCUUCUCUCGUUCAUCCUCACCCACUUGGAGCUCCAGGAUAUUAACUUCGAGUUGGAUCAGGUAGAUGAGAUCUUGCAGACCAUACUGGAGGAGACGAACCUCAUGUUGGAGUAGUCUCCUCUCUCCUGCCACUGUGCCUUUUGCACAUGAUCAUUAAUAAACCCCUAUUUUCUUUA